GACUCUCUGUACCAAUUUCCUCUUCUCACUCAAUCUUCUCUCUUCAUUUCUCUAUUUCCAUGGCGGACAACGAGUUCUAAUAAUUCUUUUAAGCGAAUCCCCAUACCCCCCCCCCCCCCCCCCCCACCUCUAUUAUUAAACCCCCAUUAACAACAUUUCCCAUUUGCACUCUGUUUCUCCCUUCCCAUGCCGGCCUUCCACGACGACACCCCUCCCCCGGGUCUCCCCCGUGCCGACUCCUUGCCCGAGGGAAUUCUCUUCGGUAAGUACGAACUCGGCAAGCUUCUUGGUUGUGGAGCUUUUGCCAAGGUCUACCACGGAAGAAACGUCCUCACAGGACAGAGUGUCGCCAUUAAAGCUGUUAACAAACUCAAGGUUCUCAAAGGCGGUUUCACAGCGCAUGUUAAGAGAGAAAUCGCUAUCAUGCGCCGUCUCCGUCAUCCCAACGUCGUCCGUCUCUUUGAAGUUCUAGCCACCAAGACCAAGAUUUAUUUCGUUAUGGAGUAUGCUAAAGGAGGUGAGCUCUUCGGGAAAGUUUCUAAAGGAAGGUUCAGUGAGAAUCUCAGUCGUCGGUAUUUUCAGCAGUUGAUUACCGCCGUUGGAUAUUGUCAUUCUCGAGGGAUUUUUCAUCGUGAUUUGAAACCGGAGAAUCUCCUUCUCGAUGACAAUUUCGAUCUCAGAGUCUCGGAUUUUGGGCUUAGUGCUCUUGCAGAUCAGAUUCGCCCCGAUGGAUUGCUUCAUACGCUUUGUGGAACUCCGGCUUACGUCGCACCGGAGAUUCUCGCUAAGAAAGGCUACGACGGCGCUAAAAUCGAUGUCUGGUCUUGUGGUAUAAUCCUCUAUGUUCUUACUGCUGGAUAUCUUCCUUUCAACGAUUCCAAUUUAAUGUCCAUGUAUCGGAAGAUUUACAGAGGCGAUUUCCGUUGCCCUAAGUGGACGUCUCCAGAUCUGCAACGGUUUUUAUCCAGACUUCUCGAUACGAAUCCCGAGACAAGGAUUACUGUUGAUGAGAUUCAAAGAGAUCCGUGGUUUGUGAAGGGAUUUCAAGAGGAGAAGUUUCAAUUUCAAGAACUCAUCGAAGAUCCUGCUUCCGAGGUUUACGGUGAUGUGAACAAUUCGAAAUAUUUGAAUGCUUUUGAUCUAAUUUCGUUCUCACCUGGAUUCGAUUUGACUGGAUUGAUUAAAGAGACGGAGUUUUCUUCCUGCGUCGAGCGGUUUCUGUCCGCCGAAUCGCCUGAGAAGAUUAUUACGAGGGUUGAGGAGGUUACAAAGUCGGAAAAUGCAGCGGUGGAGAAGAACGGUUGGGGAGUGAAAGUGGAAGGACUUGACGGUGGAUUCGUGGUGGUGAUAGAUAUUUUCCGGCUGACGGAGGAAUUGGUGGUAGUUGAGAUUAAGAACAGAGUGAGGGAAACAGAUCAAGAUGGUGAUCAAAGAUGGAAAGAUGUAUUGAGACCUCAACUUGAGUGUUUAAUCUACCGGUCGGAUUGAAGGAGUUAUGGAGGCAAAAAUCCGAUCCAGGAGGAGGAUGCAAUCGAGUGAGGAGUUUUACCGGGUUUCAUAUAAGUUUUUUUCCCGGAUUUUUUUUUCCCUUUUGAAAAAUAUUUCUUUAAUUUCUCAUCUUCGUCAAAAUUUUGUAAUUAUACUAACUAGUAACUUUUAUGCUUUAAUACAUACAUACUACACAUACAUUAUUAUUA